UAACAGCGGAGUCUAAUUUGCCCACUUUGACGUUGGGGGGGGUGGAAGACUUCAAAACGUCCACCCUUCAGCCGCACUGUAGUGGAAUUAUUGCCUGGGCCGUCCGUGGGCAGCGCUGGACGCCUCUCAUCCGCCCGGAGCCGCUCGGAAUGAGGCGGUCCAUCGCCAGCAGCUAAAUGUCAAACCUUUGGCAAAGUGUGCGCGCCGCGCUGCGCCACGCGGCGAGGAUGGGUGGACCGCGCGCAGUGGAGCGCUAGGGCGCAUUCCUCCAUUUGGCCGCGGACGCCGCCUCGUCCCCGCAGCCCUGGACGCACGGCGAGAGCGCGGGGCCGCCGCGUUUCGCGUUCACGCACCGAGAUUGAUCCGAUGUAUUAUUUGCCGGCGAAACUUCAGCAACUUGUCCACUGGAUAUGGCUCCCGGUGUGAGGAGUGGGCGGACGGGUCGACCCGGAGCGGCGGGAGCCGGCGGAGCGCAGCCCGGCGGGCGCUCGCAGCGGGGGACGGAUGCUCUGGGAGGGAGGAGGUGUCGGAGGAGCAGGUGGCGAGCGGCGGCGGCGGCGGCGAUGCUUUCCGAGCGGCUGCUGUCUGCGGGGAUGCUUGUACUCCUUGCCCGGUGCGCUUUGGCCGCAGAGGAAAGGUCCACCUUUGAUGCCUCUGGUUCCUCGUCUCUACCUGGUGACCCGGCGGCUGCUCCUGCGCAGCCAUUGGCUGACCCGUCGGUGGCGGAGGAGGUGCCUUUCUCACUCGUCCACUCAGACGGUGACCCGGAGUCCGAGGGGGAGGCCUUAUCGGGGCGGCCCGCCUUUUCCUCCGUUCUAACUGUCAUGGCAGGAAGCGGCAGGCCUCCAGCGAGCCGUGAUCCAAGCAGAACCUCGCCGAGCGUCGCCGGGGAUGAGACCCACACCACCCAAUGGCCUUCACACAGUCUCAGCCAGAGCUCUGAGACGCCCUCAUCGCCACAUACGGAAGACGGGAUCCUCCCCCCAAACUCAGAGGCGGAUGAGGCGACGUCCAGAGCAGUCGCCCUCACCUUCCCCAAAGACAAGGAGGCCGGUCUGGUCCCCUCUGAUCGGGGCAGAACUACGCUUUCUGCCGGGCCCACGGAGAGGACAUCUCAGGUAGCACCCAUGUCCCCUCGGCAGGACACCACGACGGCCUCUGUGAAGCUCGCCACCACAACUGUAGAUCCAACCGCCGCCACCCGAAGCGCUACCACUCGCAUGCCUUCCUCCAGCGUGAGCACCACCACCACAGCGCAGCCCGGCCCGGUGACCAGGAGAACCACCACCAGCGCCGCCGCCACCGCCAGGACCCAAACCGGCCGGAGGACGUUCACGCCGCCCGCGCCGAGGACGACCCCCCCCCGAGGCGCCGCCACCACCGUGGUGUCUCCCUUCACCACCACCACGGAGGUCCCGCCACAGCAGUGCAACAUCACCGAGCGAAUGUGGGUGAAAACAGUUGUUUCUAUCUAUGUGAGGAGAAACAGGCUGGACAGCAUCCAGAGGCAGAACCUGCGCAGGGGCCUGAGUCAGGGCCUCCGCAAGGCCCUGAACGACACAUCCGCACAAGCACAGGUGGAGACUGUGUUCGGCUCACCCAAUAUGACCGUGGCCUAUCACGUGACUGGGGGGGACGUGGUCUACCCCCCCUCCGUGGUGCUGGAGGCCUUGGAUUCCUACGGCCGCGAUAAGCUGAUUGCAGACCUGCGGCAGUACCUCCCCAUGGUCACGGCCCUGCCCCUGCCGGCUGCGCUGUGGAGACCCGUCCCAGCGUCUGGCUUCCAGCUGAAAACAGUGCUGCAGUUUGUGGGAGCGGGCGACGAUUCCCGGUCCUGUCGAUUCUCCCAGAUGAUGGAAGUGAGGCUCGAGAAGGUGUUUUCCGAAGCGCAGGCCAAAGUGUUCAACACAAACAGCAGGCUCUCGGUUCAGAUGCUGAGUGUCUCCCAGGCGCCAGGCUCUCCUGCCGUGUCGCUGGUCUACACUGUGAGGAAUGGCACGGUCUUGCUAAACGGCACCGCUGCCUCCAACCUCCUCGGCCAGCUGUCGGCCGAGCUGGUCGGAUACUUCCUCUUCUAUCCGCCGCUCAUCAUUGCGGAGCCUCUGGAGUAUCACAAUCUGAACACCUCCAUCGCAACCAGAGACCUUUGGGUUAUUACAGUGAUCCAGGAUGUGGAUAACGCCAGCCUGGAGGCCCAGUACCAAAGCUUUGCUAGUCUAAUGGAGCAGCGGCUGGCGGAGCUGUUUGUGUUGGCGAGCCAGCAGGGCACUCGCUUCAGACGAGCCACCACUGUGGGCAGCUACACCGUCCAGAUGGUGAGCAUCCGCAGGGUUUCAGGGCUGAAGAAUCCAGCAGAGAUGACCUACUACAUUCAGCACAAUGGCAUCGCUUUAUCGGGCUCAUCAGCCGCCAAGAUCCUGAGCACGGUGGAUUCUCAGACCAUGGCGCUCACACUGGGCUACUUCGUCCAGCUGCAAGCAGAACCUGUGGUCAAGAACCCCCCUAAUAACCUUUGGAUAAUCGCCGCAGUGUUGGCCCCCAUCGCCGUGGUAACACUCAUUAUCAUCAUAAUCACAGCCGUCCUGUGCAGGAAGAAUAAGAACGACUUUAAAGCCGAUGCCAUCGGAAACCUGAACCCCCGAGCUAAGAUGGCGUAUCGGCGAGAUGUGGGCUAUUAUCACCAGCCAGUGCAGGGCUUCGACUACGCCAAGCAGCACCUGGGCCAGCAGGGCGGCGACGAGGAGACGCUGCCCGCCAGUCAGGACACGCUGGUGAUGUCCCUCCAGAUACGGGAUCAGCCGCUGUCGCUGGACAAGGCGCUGCAGCCGGACGGAACCGCCAGCAGGAAAAGCCUCACCGCCGAUAAACACAAAGGCAAGUUGCCGAGCGAGGACGGUUCCGUCAUCAGCAACGAAUCAGAGCAGCUGAAUUCCGGCAGGGGCUUGACGGUGCCGAAAGUCACAGCGCAGCAGAAACUGACAAAGGAGGCAACGCGCAAGCGGGACGAUCCGUACGACACCUCCUCUGGCUCCCUGCAGCUCAUUUCCAUAAAGCCCGUGGCGGCUCAGCCCAGUUACUCGCACCCUGCAUCGUCUGCCCGCAACCAGGAACUAGCCAUCGUCAAUGGAGAGGUGAACUUGGCUCUGAAGCAGAAGUCAGACAUUGAGCACUACAGGAACAAGCUGCGGCUGAAGGCGAAGAGGAAGGGCUAUUACGACUUCCCCUCCACCGACGGCAGCGGCAGCGGGCCGGCUCUGGCGCAGAGACUGCGGCACGGCCACGAGAGGGCGGCCGCUGAGCCCGGCAGACCGCCGGAGCCCGACGAUGAGCGGGGCUCCACUUACGUCAAGUCUCACAGGAGGCACUCGCAGGUGGGGCAGGCGGCGGCCUAUCGAAGCAGACAGAGCCUGAGCAGUCCCAGUCCUGGAGGAACAGAGAUGGACCUGCUCGUUAUGAGGGAGAGACCCAGGAGAGGCAUCCGCAACAGUGGCUAUGACACUGAGCCCGAGUUGAUCGAGGAGACCAACGUGGACCGACUGAUGGGCCCGCGUGGGUGCGUGUACGGCCGGGCCCUGAAAGGCCACUCGGAGACGUCCACGCUGAGCUCGCAGCCGUCCAUUGACGAGGUGCGGCAGCAGAUGCACCUGCUGCUGGAGGAGGCGUUCAGCCUGGCUUCCGGCGGCCAGUCCACGUCCGGGAGGCACUCGCACCACCCCCACCACCACCACCACCACCCCACCCCUGACCACUACACUCCCGCGCCGCCUCCACUUCCCUACAACGACGUCGUGACCAGCGCUCCAGGAACCAUGAGCAGCGGCCGUGGAGGCCUGCAGUGGAUCCCGUCCUAUGGGGGGGACGUCUACCAGUGCAGUCUGCCUAAACCCGCCUUUCGCUUCACUCAGCUCCCUGAGAUGACCGUGGGCUCUCCUCCACCUUUACCGCCUCGCACCGGACCUUCUUCCGGGUCCUCCUUGAGACGUUCCACUUCUGACUUGGGGCUAAAGGGAAGGAACUCAAAGACAUCUGUCCCUGAAAUGCAGAGUCAACGUGACAACAACCCAUAUGGACCGACUCCUAGGGCAGCGCUUCCAUCUAUCACUGCAGAGCAGCCUGUAUCCAACUACUCAGGAAAUCCAAUAACAGCCGUCUAUGCCAUCCCAGCCACCAGAUCUGGCUACUCAGAGUACUUUGUCUCCACGCCGCCCACCUCCUACCACAGCCCCUCCUGGAUGUCCUAUCCACCUGAACCGGAGGAUGUUCCGCCACAGUGGGCAGACUCUGUGCCACUGCCUGGGUACGUAGAGGCUUUUCCUCACCCACGCUACCCACAGGGGAGCCCCACCAGGCUGCCCCUGGAGUACAACCAGUCACUGGAGCAGCCAAGCAUUGACCCGAACACAGCAUCCCAGCAGAGCCUGCCCCAGUCCAUGAAAAACAUGGACAGCGUGCCCCUGAGCAGCCUCUCCACGUCUGCGCUCGUGCAGGCCAUCCGGCAGGAGGUGGCCAAGCUGGCCAAGAAGCAGAAUGACAUGUUUGAGUUCUAACUCUGCCAUCCUCCGUGUAGGAGAUCGUUAAAUGGGUCCUGGUCUUCACUUUCAGCGGGGGGACACCAACGUGAUUCUUCUUCAGACUUGUUUUUGACGUUUGUACUGUACGACGGACUGAUCCCCUUCAACCAUUUGUUGAUUUCUUUUCACACACUGUGUUUUUACCUAAAUGAACCAUUUUUUAAGAAACAACAUCCUCUAUUGAUGAUGUCCCAAGUAACCAUAUACAUCUGUUCUUUGUACAUAUGUUAAUAGGUUAUGCUAAAUAUGGGAAAUAAAUUUCUUUCCGGUAUUAGAUAUUUUUUGUGAAUUGGCAACAGGAGAGAGAAAAGGCAGCAGUGUUGUCUGUACUGAGACCAAAUUCUUCCUGUCACAUGGUUGAGUGUAAUCCACAGUGUAUAUCAGCAUGUACAGUAUAAGGAUGUCAUGUAUUCUAUCUCCUUUAAAGGUCAAGGCUUCAGUAAGAUCAGCAGUAUCCAUAUUGGUUAAAUGAUAAGCAUAUCAGCUGCUACAUCGCUUUUUAGAAAUCAACGAUUACUAUACACUGACUGCCUUUGGUGGUUUUCUUUAUUUAUUAGGAUUUAAACCAUAAUUGUUUUUUUUUUAUUAACAAUUGACUGAGCAUAUAUUUGUAUCUGACAUUUUAGUUGAGCCAUUUGACCACAAAGCUGCAGGUAUGAAGAUGUGAGAUGGGAAAAGAAUGACUUUUUUUAUGUAUCAGAAGUAGUGGGACACCGCAUCCUUGCAGUGUGUAAUUGGAUGAACUGACGGUGAUACAGUAAAUACUUUUCUCACAGUAAUUAUAGUUACCGUAGUAUUUUAAAUUGCAACUGUCCAAACUUCAAAAUUCAAACUACAUUUUUAUCUUUUAUGGAAAAAAAUAACAAUCAUUUGUUUUUCUAGUUCCAUGCACGUCAAAAAAUAGCACUUUUAUUAAGUGAAUUAUAUGUUUUAAUCCACAUUUACCCACUUUUACACAACAAUUUUUUGCUGCUGGUAAUAGGAUAAGUCACCUUUUACAUACAAAUCUGUUUACUGGGUCUACAGUAAAGGCACCCUAAAAAUCUAAAUAGGUGCAAUACAUAAAUCACUAAAUGAAUGUAGGCAUUUGGACUGUGAGUGGUUCUACAUCAAUAUCAUCACCAAUGCUGGUGUCUACGACACUGUGAAUGCCUCAGAUUGUCUAUAAGGUGUAACAUGCAAAUAUUCUGAAUUUGACUUGACAUUGACUUCAAUAUAUAUUGGAAUGUUCAUCUUUGUAGAUAGGCUUCAAAACUACAGUACUUCUUAUCAUAAACAAUCUGUUUACCUAAUUUCACCAUUAUAUCUCGUUUACCUUUUAAAUUGUUUCAGCCUAAAAUAAUCCCACAUUAAAAUUUGCCUUCCAUGCGACGGACAAGAAAACAAAUAUCAAUAUAUAAGUAGAUCUAAAGUAAGACCACAUACAUUAAGAUGAGCAUUUGAAUGACUCAGUUCUCAUUUAUUAUUUUAUUACAUACUAAUGCCGCCAUAUGUCAGUGCAACAUUAAAAACUAUUAAUUAUUUAAUAUGUGUCCAUAAAAGAGAAGCCAGUAAGUCAAUGCAAACAUAGUGACCCAGACUUUUUCCCUGUGGGAUAAAAGCUUUCAGUACCAUGGCAAGCCUUUACUGAAUGUGGGACUAUCUAGUGCGCGUAGGCCUGUAUCUGGGAUGCUGCAAUAUGUUUUAUAAGAAAUGUCAUUUUUGUCACUUGUAAGACAUGUACGACUGAGGGAAAAUGCCUUUAAAUCUAUAUUUUACUUUCUAAAAGUGCAUUUAGCAUUGUGACUACUGGACAAACCUCCAUCUUUUCCAAUUCUUCUGUUAUGCUCAUAAUGGUUUAUGUAUAAGUAUGUAGAAGGGAAUAGUGUGUUAGACUCUACAAGAGUUUGCUUGUUUUCCCAAAAUUUAUUUUAAUCAUUUUUGAAAGGAGCACUUCAAAUUUUCGAACUGUCAACCUUUCCAAAUUUUCACACUGGUUAACUGAUGUUCAUUUAGAAAAGAAGUAAGUAAGUAUAAGUAAUCUAUCAAAUGAAACACACAAAGGAUAAGCUAAACAUAUUAUACACUGAUGUUUUUUGUUUUCCUGACUGUUUUUCUGAUUUCUUUUUCAUCUGCUUGAUCUUGUUAUAUUUGAUGUUCCUCUGAAACUGAACUGACAGACAACCUUGAGACAGUUAAAGAAAUAUUAGCCUACAUGAUUAAAAUUAAAUAAAGAUUUUAUUAGAAGUACAAAAUAAA